GUUUGCGGAAGUCCCUGGUCAACGCUACCUGGCCCGCCCUGUUGCGCUGUCUGCCCUUGAGGCCAUUAGUCAGGAUGUGGAGCGGUACUUCUGAGAAGCAGUCCUGGAGGAACAGCAGUCAGAACCCUUCUCUGUGUCUUAUCCAUAGUCUUGACCACAUCGUGAUGACUGUGAAGAGCAUCAGAGAAACCAUCAGGUUUUAUUCCAAGAUACUGGGCAUGGAAGUCAUGACUUUUAAGGGAGAUCGGAAAGCAUUAUGUUUUGGAAACCAGAAAUUUAAUCUUCAUGAGGUGGGAAAGGAAUUUGAACCCAAAGCAGCUAAUCCAAUUCCUGGUUCCUUAGACAUCUGUUUGAUCACAGAAGUACCUUUGGAGAAAGUGAUCCAGCAUCUCCAGGCUUGUGAUGUCCCCAUUGAGGAGGGCCCUGUCCCUAGAACGGGGGCAAAAGGGCCCAUUAUGUCCAUCUACUUCCGAGACCCAGAUGGAAAUUUGAUUGAGGUGUCCAACUAUAUCUCCUGUGACUGAAGCUGGUGCCACUCCAUUCUGUGCCCUGGGAAGUCACCCUCUUUCUUCUCGCCUGCAAACCCUCACCUAGAACCAGGGGCCUCUGAGGACUGGUCACUUAAGUAGGCAUUUCAAACAUUCAUUCUUGUGGGGUCACCUUAAAUGUGUUUGAUUCUCCCCCCAGACAACUCCACAUCCUCUAUUUCAGCUGCCCCCCAAAUAAAUCACUGGGUUAUCAGGA